AGAACUCUUCUGCAACAUGCAGGGUCAAAGUCAGAGUGGCGGACAUGGUCCUGGUGGUAGCAAGAAGGAUGACAAGGACAAGAAGAAGAAGUAUGAACCUCCAGUUCCAACCAGAGUGGGGAAAAAGAAAAAGAAGACCAAGGGACCAGAUGCUGCCAGCAAACUCCCCCUGGUGACUCCUCACACACAGUGCAGACUCAAGUUGUUGAAAUUGGAGAGAAUUAAAGAUUACCUCUUAAUGGAGGAAGAGUUUAUCAGAAACCAAGAACAGAUGAAACCUUUGGAAGAAAAACAAGAGGUGAGGUUUGAGUGUCUAAAGCCACAAAUGCUCUUAAAAUCAAUGGAGUCUGUGGAGCUUCCUCUCACCCACCCUGAAUAUUAUGAAGAGAUGGGUAUAAAGCCACCCAAAGGAGUCAUUCUGUAUGGCCCACCUGGCACAGGCAAAACUUUGCUGGCCAAAGCAGUGGCAAACCAAACGUCAGCGACGUUCCUGCGGGUGGUGGGCUCGGAGCUGAUCCAGAAGUACCUGGGGGACGGCCCGAAGCUGGUGCGCGAGCUGUUCCGCGUGGCCGAGGAGCACGCGCCCUCCAUCGUCUUCAUCGACGAGAUCGACGCCAUCGGUACAAAGAGGUAUGACUCAAACUCGGGGGGUGAGAGAGAGAUCCAGCGCACAAUGUUGGAGCUGCUGAACCAGCUGGAUGGCUUUGACUCUCGGGGGGAUGUUAAAGUUAUCAUGGCUACCAACAGAAUAGAAACACUGGACCCAGCUUUGAUUAGACCAGGACGUAUUGACAGGAAAAUAGAGUUCCCUCUGCCGGAUGAAAAGACAAAGAAACGAAUCUUCCAGAUCCACACAAGCAGGAUGACCCUGGCAGAUGAUGUGACUUUGGAUGAGUUGAUUAUGGCAAAAGAUGAUCUCAGUGGUGCAGAUAUUAAGGCAAUUUGUACAGAAGCUGGAUUGAUGGCUUUGAGGGAACGGAGAAUGAAAGUAACGAAUGAAGAUUUCAAAAAGUCUAAAGAGAAUGUUCUCUAUAAAAAGCAAGAGGGAACCCCUGAGGGAUUGUAUCUUUAAGUCAUCUGUCUCUCUGGGAACUUUACAGAACUUUCUGUUCUGUGCUGGUGAGAGUCUUGGUAAAUCCACACAGCUACUUUGCAUUCAUGAACAGGUUAAAAGCUGGUGAGUUGUGGGUUUUCAGUCAGUGUAAUUCUUCACUUCCCAAUAAAAUGUUUAUUUGAACUGAA